AUCUGGGACUAUUUAUGACCUUCUGGGUCUGUAGUGAAAACUGGACUCCUCUCCAGAAAAAAAAUAUUUGGUUUCCAAUGAGGCCUGGAAUCCCCCGACCCCCACCACCUUUUUUUUUGAGAUGGAGUCUUGCUUGGUGGCCCAGGCUGGAGUGCAGUGGGCGAUCUCAGCUCACUGCAACCUCUGCUUCUUGGGAUUACAGGCAGGCACCACCACACCUGGCUAUUUUUUGUAUUUUUAGUAGAGACGGGGUUUCACCAUGUUGGUCAGACUGGUCACAAACUCCUGACCUCGUGAUACGCCCACCUCGGCCUCCCAAAGUGCUGGGAUUACAGACUUGAGCCACCGCGCGCGGCCUGGAAUCCCAUUCUUGACCCGGGGAGAAGAAUCUCUUUCUGCGGGACUCCUGGGCCCUCUAAUGGGGCCUCCCCUCCCUCUCCAGGGCGGAAUUGAGGAGGCGGGGCUGCGGGCCUCCUUAUCUCCAGAGCCAGCCCUGGCUGCCUGGCGCGGGGUCCCUCAGUCCGGGCUUUUUGCCAUGGGGUCUCUGUUUCCCCUGUCGCUGCUGCUUUUUUUGGCAGCCGCUUACCCGGGAGUUGGGAGUGCGCUGGGACGCGGGACUGAGCGGGCACGAGGCUCCAAGGGUAGCUCUCCCACGCCCUCGGGGACCUCAGUGCCCUUCUGGGUGCGCGUGAGCCCGGAGUUCGUGGCUGUGCCGCCGGGAGGGUCAGUGUGGCUCAAUUGCAGCAACAGCUGUCCCCAGCCGCAGAAUUCCAGCCUCCGCACCCGGCUGCAGCAGGGCAAGACGCUCAGAGGGCCGGGUUGGGUGCUUUACCAGCUGCUCGACGUGAGGGCCUGGAACUCCCAGGCGCACUGUUUUGUCACCUGCGCAGGAAAAACGCGCCGGGCCACCGCCAGGAUCACCGCCUACAAACAGCCCCACAGCGUGAUUUUGGAGCGUUCGGUCUUAGAGGGCAGGAAAUACACUUUGCGCUGCCACGUGACACACGUGUUCCCCGUGGGCUACUUGGUGGUGACCCUGAGGUGUGGCGGCCGGAUCAUCUAUUCCGAAAGCCUGGAGCGGUUCACCCGCCUGGAUCUGGCCAACGUGACCUUGACCUACGAGUUUCCUGCUGGACUCUGCGAUUUCUGGCAGCCCGUGAUCUGCCAAGCGCGCCUCAAUCUCGACGGCCUGAUGGUCCGCAGCAGCUCUGCACCCAUUACACUGAUGAUCGCUUGGAGCCCCGCGCCCACAGCUUUGGCCUCCUGUUCCAUCGCUGCCCUUGUGGGGAUCCUCCUCGCCGUGGGCGCUGUGUACCUGUACAAGUACCUAGCGAUGAAGUCUCCGGAGUAAAGCGGGGUGUUCUAUGCUGGCUAAACGAGACAAAAGAGAAAUCUGGAACAAUUUGGGGAAUCUCCUGAACACGGUGGCUGACGCCUGUAAUCCCAGCACUUAGGGAGGCCAAGGCAGGAGGACUGCUUGAGCCCAGGAGUUUGAGACCAGCCUGGACAACAUGGUGAGACCCCAUCUAUGCAACAAAUACAAAAAUUAGCCGGGCUUGGUGCCGCGCGCCUGUGGGCCCAGCUACUCGGGAGGCUGAGUGGGAGGAUUGCUUGAGCCCUGAAGGUCGAGGUUGCAGUGAGCCUUGAUCGUGCCAGCACUCCAGCCUGGGCGACAGAGCGAGACCCUGUCUCAAAAAUAAAAAUAAAAAUAAAUAUUGGCUGGGGAACCCUCCGGAAGUCAAUAAAGGCUUCCUUAACCA